AUGGAGGGUGGCCGCGACGUCCUUCCACUCCUUGGAGCCGUCAACCAGGGUCUGGAUGGCGGCGAUGAUGGUGUCCUCGUCGCCGCGGACCUGCUUGGUCGAGUCGCGGUCGCGGAGGGUGAUGGUGUUGUCCUGGACGGUCUGGAAGUCGAUGGUGAUGCCGAGGGGCGUGCCGAGCUCGUCGUUGCGGCUGUAGCGCUUGCCGAUGGUCGCGGACGAGUCGUCCACGCGGGCGGAGAUGCCGAACUUGCGCAGCUUCUGGGAGAUCUGCUUGAUGAAGGGCUUGAACUGCGCGUUGGAGGAGAGGGGCACGAUCAGAACCUUGGUAGGGGCGACCGUCGGGGGGAAGGAGAGAACCUAGUUGAAGAUAUGAAAGGGGGUUUGAUAACUUACACCACGAGCCUCAUCGCCGCCGUCCGCGGAGGCGCGGUUCCAGUAGCAGUGCUCAAUGAGCGAGUAGAGGAUACGGCCGAUACCGAAGGACGGCUCGAUAACGUUGGGAGUGUAUUCCCUGGUGUUCUCAAUGCGUUGCCUGAACUCGAUCUUGACAAGGUCCUUGCUGAUCUUGACCUUGCCGUCGGCGACGCCGGCAACCUCGAGCUCCAGCUCGCCGUUGUCGGUGAGCUGCUUGGCGAGCUUCUCGCGCUGCUCCUGUGUUGUCGCCAUCAGAGCACCCUCGACUGCCCUGCCGUCCUUCUUGAACUGAGGACCAAACUUCUUCUUGUCAACCUCAACCUGCCACUCGUCGAUGACGAGGGGCUUCUCGCGGCGCUCGCGCACCAGCAGGGGAGCGCCGGUCUUCUUGGCGUGGACGGUCAAGUCGUAGGCGCUGCGGUCAGCGCAGCCGACACACUCGAUCCAGCCCGAGGAGGUGAAGAGCUCGGCGUCCCAGCAGUCGGCGGCGUAGUGGGCCAUCUCAUUGGCCAUGUGCUGGCGGAAGCGGACCUUUGUCAUGUCGACACCGAUCUUGGACAGGAACAGGUGGAUGCGGGCGAGGAAGUAGCCGAGGGUCUCGUUGUCGACGACCUUGUUCUUGACGGCGUCGCCAAUCUUCAUCUUGCGCACGUCGGUCUUGCCAGAGAGCUGGGUGUGGCGGUCGAGCAGGGUGAGCUCGAUGUCCUCGACCUCGACGAAGCGGGAGUGCUUCUUGCCGCCCUCGGGGUCGACAAAGUGCUCAAUCUCGGCCAUGAGGAACUCGCGGACUCUCAGCAGGCCACCUCUCGGGGCAAUCUCGUUUCUGUAGGAGCGGCCGAUGGAGGCGGAGGCGAAGGGCAUCUGCUCCAUGUUGAAGUUGAGAAGCUUGGCAAAGUUGAGGAACUGGCCCUGGGCGGUCUCGGGGCGCAGGUAGCCCUUGGUGUUGCUGGAGGGGCCGAUGGCGGUCUGGAACAUGAGGUUGAAGGCGACGGGAGGGGAGGGCUGCUCGGCGGUGGCCGGGUUCCUGAGGUCGUACUUCUUGAUCAGCUCGCCGAGCUCCUUGCCGUCGUAGUUGUCGAUCUUGGCCAAGACCUCGUUGUACUCUUGGACGAGGGCGUCGUCGAGCUUGACGGCGAUGGUCUUCUGCUUCCUCUUGGCCUUCUUCUUGGGGUCAUCCUCUUCCUCGACCUUCUCGCCGCGGGCCUCCUUGUCGCCCCUGAGGCGGGCCUCGAGCACAUCCUCGACGAAGUGGUCGGCACGCAGGAUAUCGCCGUUCUUGGGGUCCUUGCACAUCCAGUCGGCGAACUUGUCAACGUGGCCGGAGGUCUUGAGGACUUCGUGGGGGGUCAGGACGGUGCAGUCGAGCUCGAGCAUGUCUUCCUCGAGGAUGAAGUGCUUGCGCCAGAGGUCGACGAUGUUGGCCUGGAGAGCGCAGCCGGGAGGGCCAUAGUCGAACAGACCAGCGACGCCGCCGUAGAUCUCGAAGGCGGGGGUGAAGAAGAGACGGCGGCGCAGCAUGGCGUCGAGCGUCGGCCGGUCGAGGGGCUGGCCCUUGAGGGUCGUCGCGGGGGUCGUCAUGUCGUCGUCGGCGGCGGCAGCACGCUUCUUCGUUAA